CAUCCACGCGCAAAGAUCGUCUUGCCUUAUCAUCCAGAACCAGCAUGGCAACAUGCUCGGUAAUUCUCAUCCAAUCGGAUGAAGAUAAAAUCCCAAAGAGAGCGGGAUAUUGACGCUUUUCCGCGUCUGAGGGAUGUCCAUUGAGUCGGGUCAAGCCGCCUUGUGAGUGCAGCGAUGCGUUUAAAAGAGCGAUUACUUCCCCUCUCAAGACCUUGUCUGUGACCCAGUUUCUAUACCUUAAGGCAUCAUGGCUCGCACCGACGAUAUACAAACGGACGUACCAGGGACGGUCUACCUCAUUGACGCAGGUGGACACUUGAGCGAUGCAGCCCAUGCUGGCAGUCAAGAUAUCUUGCUCAUUCCCCAACCAACUCCAUCAGUCGCUGAUCCUCUGAAUUGGCCAAAGUAUAAGAAAUACUGGACGCUUUUCCUGAUUUCUGCCUACGCCUGCUUAAACUCCUUCGGCGAGAACAAUUGGGGAGCAGCAUGGACAACAAUUUCAGAGGAUACCGGCGUGAGUCUGAGCAAUAUGAAUGGCGGCUCUGCUCUGAAUUACCUCAUGCUGGGAUUUUUCAACAUCAUCUGGAUCCCAACGGCCAUGAAGUUUGGACGAAAGAUUGUCUACAUACUCAGUCUUGUUUUCGUUCUGGCCAGUGGAAUAUGGGGCGGUUUCUUCAGCGGCGUUGCACAGUACUACAUCAUGAUGACCAUCAAUGGUAUUGGUACCGCAGCAUAUCAAGCCCUGAUUCAGCUCACGAUCUUUGAUGUCUUCUUCUCCCACCAGCGUGGCCGGAUGCUGGCUAUUUAUAUCUUCUUUCAGCAGCUCGGUUCCAUCAUCGGCUUGAUCUGUGGUGGCUAUAUCUCUGACGGCAUCGGCUGGAGAUGGAGCCAGCCCAUCGUGGCCGGGGCUUGCGCUUUCCUGAUCCUUCUCUUCAUCUUCACUUUUGAUGACACAAUGUUCCCAAGGUACCGAUUCUCGGGCGAUACGUCUUCUGACCACUCAAAGACCAAAGAACCCACCACCACGCUACCAGGCGAUGAGAAAGAUCAGAAGAUGGAGUCCCCUAUCUCCGUCGUGGACAGCCACAGUGCGGGACAGGUCUCAAUGCCCCCACGCACAUGGCGCCAGAAGCUUGCCCUAGUACACUAUUUCAACGACGACCACACGACCUGGUUCCAAUAUUUCCGCCGUCCAUUCUUCCUCUUUGGCUUUCCCAAUAUCCUUCUAGCGGGAAUCCAGUUUGCCUUAGGCUGUACUGCUGGCAUCGUAUCAUUCAAUACUAUUUCAGAGAUAAUGACUGAUCCCCCAUACAAUUGGAGCGCCGGCCCGGCAGGUUUGAUAUUCCUGGCUGCUCUCGUCGGCAAUUUCAUCGGGAUGGGCAUCGGUUCGCUAUCUGACUGGCUUGUCGUCUUCCUCGCCCGCCGCAACCAGGGUUAUAAGGAGCCCGAGAUGCGUCUCUGGGCCUACGGGCUCCCCAUCAUCCUCGCCGCCGUCGGCUACUUCACCUACGGCUGGGGCGCCACCGAAGGAGCUCACUGGAUGUCAAUUGCGGUCGGUCUGUGCUGCAUGAUCGCGCAACAGGUCUCUGCAACGAGCAUUGCCACUGCAUACGCCAUGGAGUGUUUCGACCAGAUCUCUGGAGAACUUGUCAUCAUCUUGGCCUGUUGUUCCUCCAUCAUCAACUUCGUCAUCUCCUUCACAGUACAGGACUUCAUUGACGGUACCAAUUACGGGUGGACCUUCACCUUCUACGGUAUUCUGGUCGUGCUGUCUAUGCUGAUGGGCGUCCCAAUGCUCAUUUGGGGCAAGAGUUGGCGCCGGAAUUGUAAGCCGCGAUACGAGCAGUUCCUGGCGGAGAAGAAUCUUCAUUGAUUUGACAGCUCCUUUGUCGGGAAUGCUAAAUGGCUGGCAAGCUUGUGAUAUGCUUCUAGUGCCUUAGCGCCUACUGUUAUGAUUUUAUGAUCGUUAUACCUACCUUCCGCCUCUAUUUGCUCGCUUUCUUGGUCUGCAUGAUUCUUUUGAUUGAGGUUUGAUUUGAUGGUGAUGGCGAAUUGGCUUCUCAAUGUAAGGCGGACAUGCAAUGCACGCAUUAUCUAUUCUAUUCAGCAAGA